GACGGCAGCUACCUACUGCGGGACAGUGAGAGCAUCCCAGGAGUCUACUGCCUCUGCGUGCUGCAUCAGGGUUAUGUUUAUACCUACAGAGUGUCCAAGACAGAAACUGGGUCCUGGAGUGCCGAGACAGCGCCUGGGGUCCACCGGAGGCUCUUUCGGAAAGUGCACAACCUCAUUUCGGCUUUCCAGAAACCCGACCAAGGCAUUGUAACGCCCCUGCAGCACCCAGUCGUCAACCACGCGAAAGCCAAAUACUCCCCAGGGACAAAUGAAGGCCACGGCUUCCACCUGCAGCCAUCAUGA